GCUGUCUCAGGCCGACAAAUGGGAGGUUUUCCUGGGAUUGCAAGUGCAGAACCAGACAAUGAGGUGGACAGUAAAGAGGGGUGUGAAGCAGAUCAUUGCUCACAGGUACUACAACAGAUACACUGAAGACAGUGACAUUGCGUUGAUGGAGCUGGACACCAGAGUCAGCCUAACCCAGCACAUCAGACCCAUCUGCCUGCCUUCCUCCACCUACUACUUCCCAUCAGGCCAAGAGGCUUGGAUCACCGGCUGGGGGACUACCCUGCAGGGAGAUGCCGAGACGGCCAUCCUCCAGAAGGCGGAAGUUAAGAUCAUCAACAGCUGGCUGUGUAAUAUUCUACUGAAUUACAGGGUCACAGGUAACAUGCUGUGUGCUGGAGUCCUUUCAGGAGGCGUGGACACCUGUAAGGGUGACUCCGGCGGGCCCCUGUCUGUCGCCAACUCCCGCGGGCGGUUUUUCCUGGCAGGUGUGACGAGCUGGGGCAAAGGCUGCGCUCGCAUAUACGCACCCGGCGUCUACACUCGGGUUACCAAAUACCGCAGCUGGAUAAAACAGAAGACUGGAGUGUAG